AUGGACCGUGUCGAAGACCGUAUUGAAUCGUCCCUUCCAUACCCCUUAGAGUCAACAAUCCCAGCAAGCCCCGAUCUGAAACCAAAAGCAUCAGCAAAACCAACUGAACACAAGAAACACCAUGCGAAACUAACACGCAAGCAUAUAAGCACACCCGAUGACCCGUACGCAUUCCUAAAGCACUUCGACACCAUCUUCCUUAUCGACGACUCUAAGUCAAUGGAAAAGCACUGGGGCGAGGUCGGCAUGCUGCUCGAGAAGAUUGCGCCGAUAUGCACAGAGCGCGAUCCAAACGGUGUAGACAUCUACUUCGUGAAUCACCGCCCGCGCGGCUACCUCAUGUAUGCUGCUCUAGGAUUUGAUGCAGACCGCUCCGGGUACCUGCAUAUUGGCCAGUCAGUCGGGGUGCCAGAGAUGCGUGACAACGUGGCAGGAAUUUUCGGCAGCAUUAAGAAACUUGGAAGUCACUGCCGUCUCGACCAUCGGCUCAGCUAUAUCCUUGACCAAUAUGUCCAUGAAUAUGAACGAAGUCGCCGAGACAGAGGUGUCACAGGCUCGGGCAAUACUGUUAGGCCGCUCAACCUUAUCGUGAUCACCGCCGGCGUGACAGAUGAUAAUCCGUACGACACGUUAAUUCGAACGGCACGGAAGCUGGACGUGUUAGGCGCACCACCGUAUCAAGUCGGCGUACAAUUCUUUCGCGUAGGUGACGAUGAAGGUGCACGUCAAAAAUUAGACUUUGCAGACGACGGAUUGAGCGACGCAUUUGAUAUCAGAGAUAUUGUUGAUACGACGACAUGGGGUGGAAAGAUGGGUGAUUUAUCACCCGAUGCUGUGUUAAAAGUCGUACUUGGAGCUGUGGAGAGGUCUAUUGACAAACAGAAGGAGUAG